AUGGCCGAGGAGCCCCUUCCCCUGCUCUUGUCUGAAAUCUGGGUUGUGACCAUUUUGUUUAUUCAGUUUAACUCCCUGCUAGUCAUCUUCCUGGCUUCCGUGUGCUCGAAUGAGGAUGUGAUUUUCAUAGCCUUAAAAAUUAUUCCUGAUACACACGGCAGACAGACCUCAGGACAGCAGGCGGAGGAGUCCUGUAAAUGUAAUGGCUGGAAAAACCCCAAUCCCUCCCCCACUCCUCCCAGAGCCGAUCUGCAGCACAUAAUUGUCAGUCUCACGGAGUCCUGUCGGAGUUGUAGCCAUGCCUUAGUUAUCCAGUCUCCAAAGACUCUCUUGAGAAAGUCUAUUUUACAAAGAGGAAAACCUGUGGUUGAAGGAUCCUUGGAGAAGAAGCCCCCAUUUGAAAAACCCAGUAUUGAGCAGGGUGUGAAUAACUUUGUACAGUACAAAUUCAGCCACCUGCCCUCCAAAGAAAGGCAAACAAUCAUUGAGUUGGCAAAGAUGUUCCUAAACCGCAUCAACUAUUGGCAUCUGGAGGCGCCGUCUCAGCGCCGACUGCGCUCUCCCAAUGAUGACAUUUCUGGAUACAAAGAAAACUACACAAGAUGGUUGUGUUACUGCAAUGUGCCGCAGUUCUGUGACAGUCUACCUCGGUACGAGACCACCAAGGUGUUCGGGAGAACAUUGCUUCGCUCAGUUUUCACCAUCAUGAGGCGACAACUCCUGGAACAAGCAAGACAGGAAAAGGACAAACUGCCUCUGGAGAAACGAACCCUAAUCCUCACACAUUUCCCAAAGUUUCUGUCCAUGUUGGAAGAAGAAGUUUAUAGUCAAAACUCUCCCAUUUGGGAUCAGGAUUUUCUCUCAGUCUCUUCUAGAACCAGUCAGCUAGGAAUCCAAACAGUUAUUAAUCCACCUCCUGUGGCUGGGACAGUGUCAUACAAUUCAAACUCAUCUUCCCUGGAGCAGCCAAAUGGAGGUAGCAUGAGUCCUGCCUGCAGGUCAUCUGGGCUUGAAGCAAACCAAGGAGAGAAGAGGAAAAUGAAUGACUCUCACAUUCUAGAAGAGGCCAAAAGACCCCGGGUUAUGGGGGAUAUUCCAGUGGAGUUGAUUCAUGAGGUCAUGUCCACCAUCACAGACCCUGCAACCAUGCUCGGGCCAGAGACCAAUUUUCUGUCGGCACACUCAGCCAGGGACGAGGCAGCGAGGCUGGAAGAGCGCAGGGGUGUCAUUGAAUUCCACGUGGUUGGCAAUUCCCUGAACCAGAAACCAAACAAGAAGAUUCUGAUGUGGCUGGUUGGUCUACAGAAUGUCUUCUCCCAUCAGCUGCCCCGAAUGCCAAAAGAGUACAUCACACGGCUUGUCUUUGACCCGAAACACAAAACCCUUGCUUUAAUUAAAGAUGGCCGUGUUAUUGGUGGUAUCUGUUUCCGUAUGUUCCCAUCCCAGGGAUUCACAGAGAUUGUUUUCUGUGCUGUAACUUCAAAUGAGCAAGUCAAGGGCUAUGGAACCCACCUGAUGAAUCAUCUGAAAGAAUAUCACAUAAAACACGACAUCCUCAACUUCCUCACAUACGCUGACGAAUAUGCAAUUGGAUACUUCAAGAAACAGGGUUUCUCCAAAGAAAUUAAAAUACCCAAAACCAAAUAUGUUGGCUACAUCAAGGAUUAUGAAGGAGCCACCUUAAUGGGAUGUGAGCUGAAUCCUCGGAUUCCAUACACAGAGUUCUCUGUCAUCAUUAAAAAACAGAAGGAGAUAAUUAAAAAGCUGAUAGAAAGAAAACAGGCCCAGAUCCGAAAAGUCUACCCUGGCCUUUCAUGUUUUAAAGAUGGAGUUCGACAGAUUCCUAUAGAAAGCAUUCCUGGAAUUAGAGAGACAGGCUGGAAACCAAGUGGAAAAGAAAAAAGUAAAGAACCCAAAGACCCUGACCAGCUUUACAGCACGCUCAAGGGCAUCCUCCAGCAGGUGAAGAGCCAUCAAAGCGCUUGGCCCUUCAUGGAACCUGUGAAGAGAACAGAAGCUCCGGGAUAUUAUGAAGUUAUACGGUUUCCCAUGGAUCUGAAAACCAUGAGUGAACGCCUCAAGAAUCGGUACUACGUGUCUAAGAAAUUAUUCAUGGCAGACUUACAGAGAGUUUUUACCAAUUGCAAAGAGUACAACCCCCCUGAGAGCGAAUACUACAAAUGUGCCAAUAUCCUGGAGAAGUUCUUCUUCAGUAAAAUUAAGGAGGCUGGAUUAAUUGACAAAUGAUUUCCUUUCCCUCUGCUUCUUAGAAACUCAUCAGCAGUGUGCCUAAAGCAAGAUGGUUUCAUUUUAUUGUUUUCUUUUGUUGUUGUUGUUGUUUUAUUUUAAAGAACUGAAUUGGAGAUGUCUUUGAAGAGACUUGUAAAUGUAAUAAUUAGCACUUUUGAGAAAACAAGACAACCUCCUGUUAGCUUUUCAGAUAGGUAUUUAAAUUGAAGUCAUAGAACAUUUUUAUUUGAUGGAAUAGAUUUUAAUCUAUUUACUGCUAGGAUGUACAUUUUCUAUGACAAGUCCAUUAGCCCACUAUUCCAUGAUAGAAGAUCAGGGGUUUUCAGACCGUGAAUGUGUCCAUUUUUUUUUUUCCUAAUGGAAUGUGAGAGUGUAGUUUUAUUUUAUUCUGAAGGACUUGAAGGAGGAAAUAAUGAUAAAAAGCCCAUAAAAGGUGAAAUACGUGAUGUUUGAAGUCUCACCAUGGACUCUACAUGGAUAUUUUUUAAAACACUCAUCUAGAUGAGGUGCUCUGAGCAGUUCUGAAAAAAAUUGCAGGUCCUCAACUGCAGCUGCUUUGAUUCCUAAGGAAGAGAUUCUAAAUAAUGCAAACUUUCUUUCUUUCUUUUUUUUUUUUUGUAAGCAUCUGGGGUUUUGAUAAUUCUGUCUACAUACAACAAACUUGUGAGUACUUAACCACUAUUUUACUAAUUCUUUACACAAAUGUGAGAUAUCAUAUUUGACUUUGCUUAUGCAGGACAUAAGUUCAAAAAAAAAAAAGGUAAUUUCCCAAGUCACAAAGGCAUAAAGUUGAAAACACUUGAAAUCGAGACAACAUGCCUUAAUAGGAAAAAGACAUGUAUUCUAUAUGUGUAUCAAG